AUGAUCAUCACUGGGCGACCUUCUGCCGCUAUCCACGGAAACAUAUUGGAAGCAAUAAACCUAGCGACACUCCAAUUCAGCAAAGACUAUGUUGACCGUGAUCUUGUCCGCACUGGAGUUAGCGUUGUAAUAAUAACUCCUGGAACUGGCCAUUUCGAAGUUGAUUAUGAUAUGCUGAAAGCUACAACAGAAGGACUGAUCAUGACUGGCAUGGGCGUGGACCUAGUCUGCCUGAGCAAAGUGCCCCUUCAUACCGUCCCUCUUUUCAAGUACCGCAGUCCCAUCCCUAUCAGCAUUCUCGCGAAGCAGGAGCAAGGCUCCCCUAACGGCUUCCCCCGAGGUCUCAGCCCACCGAAAGUCACUGUCACGUCGUCGGGUGCUACGGCGCCCGACCGUAGCCAAGGUGAAUGGGUGUACGCUGUUCCCCAUUGGAUAGAUAUUUCCUUCUGGAGUGCUGCCUCGGAGAAGAAAAUCAACAAACGUGGUCGCGUUGAAAAGAAGAAAGAGAGGAAAAAAUCGACUGGUGGGUUUCGUGCAAGAGCGAAAAUGUAUGAGUUACAAAUGAUGGGUAUAAUGGAGAACGAAAUUUCGGAAAUAUCGAUCCCGUUUCUGCAUGAUAACCCGUUUUGGAAACCAUUGCCCACGGAGGAGGAGCAGGCACAGACAGAUGGUAGCAACGCAAAAGCAAGUGCCAAACCGGGGACUGCUACCAGCACAGCAGCCCCAGCGAAGUUCUUGAAGGAAGCUUUUAAAUGGAUGGAUGAGUAUGACGAUGCAGCGUUCCGUCCGUUGCCCGUCUUGAAAGCGCGAGAAAGGGCGGCAUUAGAGCACCGGAUCGACGGCGAGGACGCAGAGAAGAUUGAAAAGACUCUAGAAGAGGUUGACCCCUUGGUGCUUGGCACAAGUUUUCAUGGAGAAGCACCGGGUCGCCAAGUCAGUUUACCUGGAGGGGCAUUUUUUGACAGGAAAAUGAAGGAACGGAGACCAGAGCUUGAAAGUCCAAUUGAAUCGCGGGAGGAAAUUCCUAAUAUUCCUAAUACCAGCGUCACUAGCGCACCAUCCGCUGCCCCACCCUCAUCUGGGCUUCUAAGGCCCAGCAGGCUAGGUUUGGUCCGAAAUAUCAGUUUUGGUUUCAAGUCUUGGGGCGCUGCCAAAGCUACCGCAAAGACAGGAAUAGUUAGCACGAAAGCCACAGCAAUCGCUGCCGGUUCUCCAGGUGCCGGUAGCAGCGGGGUUAUGGUUACUAGGGGGUUUGAUACUAGUGAAGCUGCAACACCCAGAAGCCCUCUAUCACCUAGAACCACCCACCUAGAGGAAAGCCCGACCAGAACUGGAAGUCUAAGGAGCCCUGAAAAAUUAGGAUGGGGAAGCAGACCUAUUUCGAUCAAAAAUAAUGCAAUAACCUCGUUGGAAGCAGCUGGACGGGACCGAGAUCGUCGUCGGAGUAUUGUAGGCAGUCCUCUAGAUCGUGCGAGCAUGCUCAGGGAACGGGAACGGGAAUCCGUCGAUAUUUUAAAAGCGGCUAGUUUAACAAGGCACGGGCGACCUAGUAUUGAUCUUGUUGCGAACGCAGAGAAAACCGCAACAAUUCCACCUACCGUUAGCCCGACGAGUGCACUUUCACCAUGGGUACAAGUGCUUAAUCCUAGUCACCCGAAGACAAACAUUCCAAGCGCUGUAAACCAAUUCCGGCGUUGGCAUCACGUAUUUCCUAAACCGAUCAAGAUCUCCACCGUUAAAUGGAAAAGCCUUUGUUCCCCAGCUGCUCUACCAUUGACGACCGAGCACUUUCCGUCGGCAGAACAGCUCCGUGACGAGUACCAAGAAAAUCCAUAUGUGAUCUCCCAAAAUGCAGAUUAUGAUGAGAUAGAGGAGAGUAGCAGCAGCAACCGCGAGGAGCUCGUUCGCGCAAUGAUUUCACAGCGCCUGGCACAAGGUUUCCAAAUCGUUGUUGGUAGCUCAGUGUCAGAGGCUACCGCUGGGCGAGGCGGUGAUGCAGACAUAUAUUCAAAGACCUAUAUGGUUAAAGCGGGUAGCUCUUGCUUCAUGAGCCUCGGCUCGCAGAUCCAUCAACUUAUCUGUGAUGAGGAAUACAACGUUGAGGUGAAGCGAUAUGUGCGCAAACCGACAACCGCGAUAGGCUUAUCCAAAUUCACAAUUGCUGAUGAGUAUAUCAGCUAUAUGAAGACAGUAAUGAGUGAGGAGUAUAUCCCUGUCAAAACCGCAUUUAGGUUCCCGAUUGCAGAGUAUAACUGGAACUACGUGGAUCAAUAUAUUGGCGGAUAUGAGGACACAUUAACAGAGCAGCUUCGAUACUGGCGCGCGCGAUUCGUGUUAAUACCCAAUGACCCACCGGAAUCAGCUAGGAGAGGAGGGCUUCUAGGUCAUUCGAAUGGCGGAGAGUUGAAUGACGAGGAGAUCAGAUUGGAGGGCAUCAGAAGACUCACACAGGUAUUCCAAAGGAAUAGGUAUAUCCCACCCGAGGAAAGGCAAUACGAGAGAUAUGGAAGGCGAAGAGCAAAAGAGAAAAACCCUCUCCAGAUUCUAUAUAAAACUGUGGACCCAAGUGUUGUAGUAGCGCAAGAGUUAGAAAGUCUUCCGCUCAUUGAAGACCCCACCAACAAUAUGCGCCGGAGCCAGCUUCUCACAACGGAGAUGUUUGAGAAGAAAAAUCUUGACCUAAAAGCCAUCGCGCAAGAGCUCCAAGGUCCUAAGGGUGUUCGCCUACAAGACCGUCGCUGGCAUCUCAGAUUCCACUCAAAUUGUUUCAUUGGAGAAGAUAUGGUAACAUGGAUCGUGGAAAACUUUAAAGACGUCGAAACAAGGCAGGAAGCGGAGGAAAUCGGGUUAAAACUCUUCAAAGCGGGGUUAUUCCAGCACGUGGACAAGCGCCACCAAUUCCGAGACGGAAAUUACUUCUACCGGAUCGCAGAAGCUUACGCCAACACCCCGAGACCUACUUCCAAGGGAGGUUGGUUCGGUGGGUUCAAAAGUGACAAAUCUGUACCAUCUACGCCCGCAUUCGAUAUAGCUCCAAGCCCACUGCGGAGCAGGAGUAGCACAAUCGUAACAGAUGAGUGCUCGGAAACGUCUUCCAUGUCGGGAUACCGAACGCCAACUCCCACACCCCCUACCAAGAAGAAGGUUGAAGUGGAACUUAGCAAAGUGAUGAAAUAUGACAUUGACCCAUCGCGGAAGAGUUACCGGAAGGAACUUAUAAACCUUCAUUACGACCGCCUACAUAACCCUGACAACUGCUAUCACAUUCGCAUUGACUGGAUGAACACAACGGCAAAGCUGAUUGAAGACCAACUUGCUUCUUGGGCGCGCACUGUUGAUCGUUACGGGCUCAAGCUGGUAGAAGCACCUAUGGACGAAGUCUCCACAAUCCCCCGCACAAGCCCCUUCCGCAGCCCAUAUAUUUUCAAGUUCUGCCUCCCUCCUCCACCUCCUCCAAUGCUAUCAACAAUCUCACCCACCACUGAAUCCAUGGACCUCUCCACAAUCCUAUGUCCAACCCAGCCAGUCCCACCACCCCACCAUACCCACAACCAAAACGAUCAUCACUUCUACCACCGCCUUGCCCUUCGAAAGCUCGGCUUCGUCCUAGACACAGAAGCAGCAAAGAAUUUUCCCCCAACAGUAUCCGUCAAGUACUCCUGGGGGACGCCAAACUACCGCCACAGUCAGUAUAUCCACCGCUCAGGCGUGAUGUUCUGCCAAAUCACAGACGAUGGCUCAUUCCUGCUAAUGGCAAACCGGCAAUACACAAUUCGCGCAACAACAAUCUAUCCACCGCCAGCAGUAGCGCUCGGUUCCGGCGCAGACGUCGCUCUGGAGACAGUAAAGGAUGAGAUUGAGAGCUUUUGUAAAGACCCAGAGGCAUUGCGAAGGUUCUACGAUGAAGCCAACGGACGGGUUGGCGGGGGGACAGCCAUGGGAGGAAGUAGUAUGGGGACCUUGGGCAGUCCGGUUAUUGGGCCGGUGGGAGCGGGGAGUCCGACCAUGGGGACCAGCGUUGUGCAUGCUCAUGGGGUUGGGAGGACGACUAGCAUGAAGAGUGGGAGGAGUAGCAUUGUAGAUCCUGUGCCGGAUUUUGUAUUAGGGAGGGGAGGGUAUGAGCCCGGGCCUGGGAGAUGAUACUUAUGGGGAUAGUGUCGUAUAUUUCGGUUAAUGUAAUUUGAGCAGAAGCGAAUAAUCGGUUAA